AUGGAAGGGUAUAUUGAUGACAAUGAAGUUGAUGAUUCUGAAUUUAAAAAUAAUUUAAUGCAUUAGAUAAAAUCAGAUUCAUUUGAUUACAAUUAGACUUAUACUUAAGUAUGGAGAAAGUAACUUAAAGCAGGAGAUAUGAUUGAUGUCAGUUUAGAGAUACCGAGAUCUUAAGGUGAUUUUGAAUGGGUCUAAGCUAAGCUUUUGUCAGUAGGAAUUGAUGAAAUUCUUCAACUAGACUUUAUCUAUGAUAAAUGGUAACAAUAAACAAGGAUUAGCAUGUGGUCUAUCAAAAUUGAGUAGUUUGGAAUUCAUACAAAAGAUUUAUAUGAAUAAAAAGAUAAGUUUCAAAUAAUGAUGCAAGUUGAUAUAAAUGACACUAUGAUUUGGUAUAGAUCAACCAUUUUAGACAUCUAAGAAAGAAAGGAAUAAUAUAGUAGAAAUGUUAUUAAAAUGGCUUUUAUUGGGUAUAGAAUAUACUGUGAGUAAGGGAAAAAAGAGGAUGAUAUGGGAUCAUUCGACGGCUGCAAUACAAUCACUGGAGAAUGUAAAAUCAAUAGUUUAAAGUGGAAUAGAUAUUGA